GCCAAACGUCAAAUAUGACGUAAACUACGUGGAUUGGUGGCCACACUGUAGGAAGGGGCGUCACCGUUUACGUCACCGUUUGAACACACACGGUUCCUCGUGAGCCGUCAGCAUUAGCAUUAGCAUUAGCACUCGACAGACCAAGCGAAAGAUGCGGGGUCGUCACAGGAGCUCGCAUCUGGGCCUGUUGCUGCUGCUGUCGCAGCUCUACCAGGUGGGCUUGGACAACAUCCCGCCCGUCACCCUGGCAGUCCUCGGCCUCAACGCCUACCUCUUCCUCUUCCCCGCGGCGCCGCUCAUGAAGGCGUGCGUGAGCGUCCAGCGGGCGUGCGCGUCGGGCGAGUGGAGCCGCCUGGUCCUGUCUCCUUUCCACCACGCCGACGACAUGCACCUCUACUUCAACAUGGUGUCGCUGGUCAUGAAGGGCCUCCGUCUGGAGCGCCGUCUGGGCGCCGCGUGGUUCGCGUACACGCUGGCCGUCUUCUCGCUGCUCACCGGCGUGCUCUACCUGGCGCUGGAGGCCGGGCUCGCCCGGCUGACCGGCGACCAGUCGCACAGCGACGCCUGCGCCGUCGGAUUCUCAGGGGUUCUUUUUGCCCUGAAGGUCCUGAGCAACCACUACCACCCCGGCGGCGUGACCUACGUGAUGGGCUUCCCGGUGGCCAACCGCUACGCCAGCUGGGUGGAGCUGGUCCUCAUCCACAUCACGGCACCCGGGACCUCCCUGAUUGGCCACCUGGCGGGUAUCCUGGCGGGCCUGCUCUACACUGUCGGGCCGCUGAAGAAGAUGAUGAAGAUGUGUGCAGGGCUGAUGUCGUCCAGCACCUUCAUGCCCAGAACGUCCUACAGAUCCUCAGGCUACAGUGGCAGACACUCGAGAAGCGAGCGGCACCCGGCGGCCGAUGGGUCGCCGUCGUACACGGGCGGGAUGACGGAGGAGGAGCAGCUGGCGGCGGCCAUCAGGAACAGUCUCAGCGACACAGGUCGCCACCAGCACGGCGACGGUCCGGCUCCGCCUCCGUACGGCUUCCGCUUAACGGAGGAGGAGCUCCGUGCCAGGAGGCUGGCGCGAUUGGACGCUUUCAUGUGAAAACGAAGACGAGGAUCUCGGAUCUCUCGGGAAUGUCGAACGCUCCCUCGACCGCGAGUGUCCGCCGCGCACGCUGAUGAACUUUGGCCUGUUGGAAACUUUUUCACGAGAAGUAUGAGAGGCACCCUUUUUCAAUUUUUUGCUGAAUUUGCCUUUCUAUUUAUCUGCUAAUGCAUCAUAUAAAGUAACAUUUGUAAUAAACUGUGACUAUUCUCAUUCA